CGAGACAUCAUCCUCGAACCACCAACAACUAACCCGUACGACAAUUUGAAGGCUGAGCUCCUCAAACGCACCUCGGCAUCCGAGCAUCAACGGCUCCAGCAGCUAGUAACAUCUGAAGAGCUGGGCGACCGCACAGCAUCCCAGCUACUGGGACGUCUUCAACAACUUCUUGGAGAGCGGGCAGCGACAUUCGACCCCGCCCUGUUGCGGGAGCUCUUCUUGCAAAGACUCCCUAACAACGUAAGAAUGGUUCUUACUUCUGCAUCAGGACUCGCGUUAGUUCAGCUCGCCCAGUUGGCGGACACCGUGAUGGAAGUCGCUGCACCGCAAGUCGCUGCCCCGCAAGUCGCUCCUAUUGCGGCCAGGCAAUCACAUCUGCUCGGUGCACCGGCAAACAUCUCUGCCGCUGAAACAGCGGAGGAUUCUUUUCGCACGGAUAUCCAACAAGCGAUCAAGGCCCUCACCGCCCAAGUAGCCUCGCUCACUUCACGUUCACGAUCGGAACAUCGCCAGCGAUCCGCGUCCCGCCCCCGAUACAGUUCGCCCUCCCAAACCCGAGCAGUAUCAAGACAUUCAGAUAUUUGUUGGUACCAUCGGACCUUCGGCGACCGCGCCCGAAACUGCGUCGGUCCAUGCUCUGCUUCGGGAAAUGCCCGCACCCACCACUAGAGGCGGCGAGUGGUGGGGGUACGCAGCUCAGCCGCUUGUUCUUCAUAACAGAUCGCGGCUCCGGUUUGCGAUUCUUGGUUGACACCGGCGCGGAGGUGAGCGUACUACCA